AAUCUCGCCUCGCCUCGCCUCGCCUCCUCUCGUCCCGUCCUUGCUCAUCUCGCCAUCUACCACUCCUCCGCAAUCCUCUUCCCCUCCCUCCCUCCUGCCCUCACCUCAUCGACACCAUACCAUGUCGAGUCCAGCGCCAUCGCAGGAUCCUCGCACACCCGCCCACGAUGCAGAUGAUGUCUCCAUGGGCGUUCCCGCUGCCACACCGGCUUCCGUUCGCACACCCAUGAUGCCUACCACUUCUUCGCCUGCUUUGCAAUUCCCCUCUAGCAGCAGUCCCGCAAAGAGCGUUGCUUCGUCUAACGGCACUGUGCGGAGGCAGCAGCUCAGGUCUGAAGGAGCCAGAGGGGGAGACUCGCCUCUGUACUUUCCCACCACCUCGUCGCCCUCGGUCCGAGCCACGCCUCGCAAUGCACGACCUGGACAGCCUCGCAGUGCUAUGAGCGGACGAGGCAUGCCUAGCAGCUCUCUUCGAUCGGGAGGCCUAAACGAUGAGCCCCUUUUCUUUCCUAGUUCUCAGCAGUCUACCCCUCGAGCUCGCCGUGGUGAAAUCCACUCUGCCGGUCUGCUGGCAUCCCCCUCGGUCAUGCGCCGUCAACGGGCAGCAGGCCACUCUGCUAGCGACCCUUUGGGCAGUCAAGAUGCUCGCCCUCUUCGCAGCGACUAUUCUCUGUCCCAGCAUGCCGACGGCACUGAUAUCAUGGGACCAGCAGACGCCGAGCAAAAGGUCAUCUGGGGUACAGCAGUAUCCGUUGGCGAGACAAUGUCGAUGUUCCGAAGCUUCCUGCGCACUUUCCGACUCAAGUAUCGAUGGGCAUACCAGAAGCAGCACAACCCACAGGCGCCACCCAAGCCUCGCAGUGGAGCAGACGCAGAGUUCCUGCUCUACGAGGCCUACUUGAGACGUAUGCGACAGACUGACCAGACGUCGCUCAAUCUGCGAUCGGCUGACCUGGCUGCUUUCCCGCCUACUCGCAAGCUCGCGCACUUCCUCGUCAAGUACCCAAACGAAGUCAUUCCUAUCAUGGAUCAGGUCCUCAAGGAAGAGAUGCUCGAGAUGGCCUACGAUGACAACAAGGAGGGCAAAGAGGGUAUGGAGGGCGAUGUCGGCCAACAAGAAAUUGAGAUCAUGGAGGGUCGAAUGUACAAGGUCCGAGCUUUCGGCCUCGACAGCAUCAACAUGCGCAACCUCAACCCUGGCGACAUCGACAAACUCGUCACUGUGCGCGGUCUUGUCAUUCGUGCCACCCCGAUCAUCCCAGACAUGAAGCAAGCAUUCUUCCGAUGCUUGGCCUGCAACCACACACUGCAGGUCGAGCUUGAUCGAGGUAAGAUUGCAGAGCCAGACCGUUGCCCACGAGAGACCUGCAAUCAGGUCGGAACAAUCUCGAUCAUUCACAACCGAUGUGAAUUUGCAGAUAGGCAGGUGGUGCGUCUUCAGGAGACGCCCGAUGCUGUACCUGAUGGCCAGACACCGCACAGCGUCACCCUCUGCGUCUAUGAUGAGUUGGUCGAUCUCUGCAAGCCCGGAGACCGUGUCGAAGUGACCGGUAUCUUCCGCUCUCAGCCCGUUCGGGUCAAUCCUCGGGCACGCACACAGAAGAGUCUCUAUAAGACCUUUGUCGAUGUUGUGCACGUCAAGCGGGGCAACACUCGCCGCCUUGGUGUCGAUCUCAGCACACGAGAAGAGUCUGAAGCCGCUGCGCAGCGUGGCGCCCAAGCUCUCGGUGUCGGCGGAGAAGACGAGGACGAAGAUGUCGAUAUCCGAGCUGGGGUAGGAGCUGCUGCCGCAGAGGGCAGUGCUCCUCCCAACGAGGACUUAGUCGAGAAGCUCAAGGAAAUUGCAGACAGGCCAGACGCCUACGAAUUGCUGGCUCGCUCGCUUGCGCCCAGUAUCUACGAGAUGGACGACGUCAAGAAAGGUAUCCUCCUCCAACUCUUCGGCGGGACCAAUAAGACCAUCUCCACUGGCGGUGGUGGCGGUGGACCUCGAUACCGUGGUGACAUCAAUGUGCUUAUGGUCGGUGACCCGGGUACCUCAAAGUCACAAAUCCUGCAGUAUGUCCACAAGAUUGCCCCACGUGGAGUCUACGCCAGCGGAAAAGGAUCGAGUGCCGUGGGACUCACUGCCUAUGUCACUCGUGAUCCCGACACCAAGCAGCUCGUCCUCGAGAGUGGUGCACUGGUUUUAUCCGAUGGAGGAGUGUGCUGUAUCGACGAGUUCGACAAGAUGUCCGAUGCUACCCGUAGUGUUCUGCACGAAGUCAUGGAGCAGCAGACGGUCUCCAUCGCCAAGGCUGGCAUCAUCACUACGCUCAAUGCCAGGACAUCUGUGCUAGCCGCAGCCAACCCAGUAGGCUCCAAGUACAAUGUUCGCCUGCCCAUCACCAAGAACAUCGAUCUCCCACCCACGCUCAUCUCCCGAUUCGACCUCGUCUACCUAGUUCUGGACAAGGUCGACGAAGCCUCUGACCGUCGUCUUGCACGUCACUUGGUCGGUCUAUACCUUGAAGACACACCCGCGCAUGCCGCAAGCAAGAGCGACUUGAUCCCCAUUGAGACGCUCACUGCGUACAUUUCGUAUGCACGUAACCAGAUCCAUCCCGUACUGACUGAAGAGGCCGGUGAGGCUCUCGCAAAGCGCUACGUCGAGUUGCGUAAAGUAGGCGAGGACCCCCGAUCUUCAGAACGCAGGAUUACCGCCACUACUCGCCAACUGGAGAGCAUGAUUCGACUUUCCGAGGCGCACGCACGCAUGCGCUUCUCCCUGCACGUCGAAGCAGACGAUGUAGAGGAGGCCUUCAGACUAAUCAAGGAGGCCGCCAAGAGUUCCGCCACCGACCCAACCACGGGUCUCAUUGACUUGGAUCUCAUCAAUACCGGAAGGGGAAUGGCACAGCGCAAGCUUGCUUCGGAUCUUAAGCGCGAGGUACUUGCACUGCUCGAUACACUUGGAGGACCACAGCUCAAGAGUGUCAGGUAUGCAGAAGUGGCAAGAUUGCUCAAUGAGCAGAGUACUGUACCUGUCGAUGCUACAGAGCUGUAUGAACUUGUCAAGACGUUGGAGAGUGAGGGAUUGGUAAAGAUGGUUGGAGAGAGGGAGAGGAGGACACUCAGGAGGAUUCAGGGGUAAAGGGGAGAGAGGGAGAGAGGGAGGGAGUGUCGUACCUAUUGGCUCUUGGAUUCGGUUUCUGUCUCGUCGUGUGCUACCGUGUCUGCUUCUUCUACCUUGUAUCCCUGUCCAAUCUCGUCUCGUGUCUCGUGUCUCGUGUCUCGUGUCUCGUCUACUCUCGAUCGAAAAUUACACUGAUAUCAUACC